AUGCCACCGACAGCCCCAACCGGCAUGCUCCUGCUGCUCUAUUUGAUGUUACAACUCGCGCUGGCCGGGGAGGCACACGCCAACCACGCCGAGCGCAUCAUCCAACGUUCUCCCGGCCACCCCGAUCGAGACUUGGCACAGCUCUCCCGCCGGCAAGCCGUGUCGCCCCAGUGCGGUCCGGCAGGGGGCAACCGCCGCUGCGCAAACAACCUCUGCUGCUCCGACUACGGCUACUGCGGCGACGAGCCAGACUACUGCGACGUGCGCUGGUGCCAGGUCCAGUACGGGCGGUGCGGCGACGCGCCCGCACCGCCACCGACGACGACGUCCGGCACGACGACGAUUUCCAGCACCGGCACGACGGCAACCGCGACCUCGCCGCCCGCCCCGACCGGGACCCUCGUGGCCAGCACCAACGGGCAGUGCGGCAACUCGACCACCUGCGCCGGGUCGCCGUUCGGCAGCUGCUGCUCCGAGUACUACUGGUGCGGCAGCGGGGCCGCAUACUGCGGCGCGGGGUGCAGGGGCCCGUUCGGCACGUGCGGGGACGGGUCCGCGCCGCUGCCGCCGCCUGCGUCUUCUUCGACGGCGCUGACCAGCACCUCCACCUCGUCGUCGAGCACCAGCAGCGCCGGCGUUCCGCGGCCGUCCAACGCCAGCACCGACGGGAGGUGUGGCGUCGACGCGGGCAGGUUUACUUGUACCGGAACUAAUUAUGGGCCGUGUUGCUCCGACUAUGGAUGGUGUGGAGACGGGCCCGACUAUUGCACGCCGCUGUACUGCCAGGCCGACUAUGGCAUAUGUGGUUAA